CGCGCCGGCGGGGGCGGCGGUUUGGGGCGAAAAGCGCCAUGUUUGGGUGUUCGCGCGGGGGCGGCGGGCAGGGCCCCAAGUGCUGUGUCACGGCGUGGGGGGGGCGGGGAGCCACUCGUGUCCUGCGACACCGGGGCCCCCGCUGAGGCCGGGACCCCCCGUGAGCGGGGGGCGAAGAGGUUUCGGGGUCCCGGCGGAGCGGCCGCGCUCGUGCGGGCGCCGCGGGGGGGGAGCGCCCCCCGCCGCGGGGGUCCCGGGGCCGCCGUGGGGCCGCCCGGUGUGCGGGGGGGGGGGGCGCAACGGCGGGGCGCGCCCGUCCCGGGGCUGGCGGCCGCAGCGGCGGCGUGUCCGUGGGGGUUCCCGCGUCCCCCGCAGCCUGAGGGGCCCGUGGCGCGGCCCGCGAGGAGCGGGGGCGCGGGGCAGCCCGGUGCGGGACGAGGCGCGGCGGCUCCGGGGGUCCGGGGCCGUGCGGCCCGCGGGAGCGCGGCGAGGGGGGUGAGGGCGGGCGGGGGGAUGGCCCCGGUGCCCGGCGCCGCCGGGGGUGGCGGGGCGGCGGCGGGGCCGCCCGGGGGCGCCGGUUCAUUGUCCGCCCGGCGGGGCCGGAGCCGCCGCUCAAGAUGGCGCCUCCGGCCCCGUCUCCUCUCCGGGGAGCGCGACAACAACCUCCAACGGCCGGUUCCGCCGGCCGGCCCCGCCCCCUCAUGUGACCUGCCGGCCAAUCGCCGCGCAACGAAUGGCAGCGCCGGCCAAUGGGCGGUGACAGCGGCGGCUCCGCGGGAUGAGGCGCCGGGCGGAAGGCCGGGAGGGGCGGGGGAGCGGCGCGGCUGAGCGACGCGCCGCUCGGCCAAUGGGAGAAGCGCGGCGGGCUCGGCUCCGCCCACCGAGGCCGCGGCGGGGCGGGGCGGGCCGGGCGGGUGAUGUCAGCGGCGCCGCCGCCCAAUGAGGGGCCGGCUGGUGUCUAUAUAAGGGCGGCCGGGGGCAGGCCGAGCGGCGCCAUUUCGCUGGGACGGAGCACGGAGCGGGUCGGGCCCGGUGGCGAGCGGGGGGCGGCCCCAAACCGGAUCCAUCCUCCGCCGGGCGGCCCAGCCCCCGCCUCCGCGCCUCCCGGAGGGCUCGCCGGACCCUCCCCGGCCUCCGUAGCGACCCCUGCCUGCGGCCGGCGGCGAGGGGGCCUGCCUCCCCGCCCCCCGCGCUCCCGCCCUCCGCCCCUCAGGGAGCCAAGAUGGAGCCCGCCCGCUGACCGGCCCCGCCGCCAUCCGCCGUCAUCCGCCGCCCGGACCGCCGCGCCUCGCCUCGCCCGCGGCCUCCCCCGACGCGCCCGGCGCCCAGCGACGCGCCCAGGCCUGUAUUGAGCGGAUCGCGGAGCAUUCGGGGCGCAGCGGCGGCGCCGAAGAGGGGACCCCCCCCCCCCCCCCCGCACCGAGCGCUCCCCCGCCCGCCGCCAUUUUCUCCGCGCCCGUUGAUGUGAGGCCGCUGGAUGGUCCCGGCCGGAGCCGCCGCCGCCUGAGCGCCGUCCCCGCCCUGCCCGGGGAGGGGACACCCGCCGCGCCCCCCCGGGGAUGCGCUGACGAGGGGGGGGGCGCCCCCCGCCCACCCGCGAUCGCCUGAACCCCCCGCGCCCGCCGCCCCGCGUGUCCGGGCAAAGUGGGGGGGUCGUCGGAGGAGCCGGGAGCGCGGGCCGGGCACGGAGCCGCCGCUAUGCUGCAGAAUGUGAAUCCCCAGAGCAAGAUUCUGGGGGAGGGCAAUGCCGGGCUCAUGGGCCUGGCGCCCGAGGCCGCCCCCGGCAAGCGGAUCCGCAAGCCCUCGCUGCUGUACGAGGGCUUCGAGAGCCCCACCAUGGCGUCGGCGCCGGCGCUGCCGUCCCCGCAGGCCAACCCCCCCCCGCCCGAGGUGUCGAACCCCAAGAAGCCGGGGCGCGUCACCAACCAGCUGCAGUACCUGCACAAGGUGGUGAUGAAGGCGCUCUGGAAGCACCAGUUCGCCUGGCCCUUCCGCCAGCCCGUCGACGCCGUCAAGCUGGGUUUACCGGACUACCACAAGAUCAUCAAGCAGCCCAUGGACAUGGGGACCAUCAAGCGGCGCCUGGAGAACAACUACUACUGGGGGGCCGCCGAGUGCAUGCAGGACUUCAACACCAUGUUCACCAACUGCUACAUCUACAACAAGCCCACGGAUGACAUCGUCCUGAUGGCCCAAACCCUGGAGAAGAUCUUCCUGCAGAAGGUGGCCCAGAUGCCGCCCGACGAGCAGGAGAUCGUGGUGCCGGUGGCCAAGAACAGCCACAAGAAAGGAGCGUCGCGCGCGGCCGCGCUCCUGGCGGGGCUGACGGGCGCCCAGCAGGUGCCGGCCGUGUCCUCGGUGUCCCACGCCGCCGUGUACGGCGCCGCCAGCCCCGACAUCCCCACCACCAUCGUCAACAUCCCGCACCCCUCGGUCAUCGCCGCCCCGCUGCUCAAGUCGCUGCACGCGCCCCCGGCCCCGCUGCCCGCGCCCACGCAGCCCCUGGCCAAGAAGAAAGGCGUGAAGCGGAAAGCCGACACCACCACCCCCACCCCCACGGCCAUCAUCGCCACGGCGGCCAGCGCCGAGUCGUCCCUGUCGCCGUCGCCGUCGGGCCCGUCGCCCCCCGAGCCCAAAGCCGCCAAGAUCCCCGCGCGGCGCGAGAGCGGCCGCCCCAUCAAGCCCCCCCGCAAGGACCUGCCCGACUCGCAGCAGCACCAGACGUGCCGGCGCGGGAAGCUGCCGGAGCAGCUCAAGUACUGCAACGGCAUCCUCAAGGAGCUGCUGUCCAAGAAGCACGCGGCGUACGCCUGGCCCUUCUACAAGCCCGUGGACGCCUCGGCGCUGGGGCUGCACGACUACCACGACAUCAUCAAGCACCCCAUGGACCUCAGCACCAUCAAGCGGAAGAUGGAGAACCGCGACUACCACGACGCGCAGGAAUUCGCCGCCGACGUGCGGUUGAUGUUCUCCAACUGCUACAAGUACAACCCGCCCGACCACGACGUGGUGGCCAUGGCGCGCAAGCUGCAGGUCAGGGCACCCCAAAACACCCCAAAACACCCCCCAAAACACCCCAAAACACCCCCCAAAACACCCCAAAACACCGACCACGACGUGGUGGCCAUGGCGCGCAAGCUGCAGGUCAGGGCACCCCAAAACACCCCAAAACACCCCCAAAACACCCCAAAACACCCCCCAAAACACCGACCACGACGUGGUGGCCAUGGCGCGCAAGCUGCAGGUCAGGGCACCCCAAAACACCCCAAAACACCCCCGAAACACCCCAAAACACCCCCCAAAACACCCCCCAAAACACCGACCACGACGUGGUGGCCAUGGCGCGCAAGCUGCAGGUCAGGGCACCCCAAAACACCCCCUGCACCCCAAAACACCCCCCACCCCAAAAACACCCCCCGCACCCCCAAAACCACCCCCACCACGUCCCCCCCAAACACCAUCCAUGUCCCCCGCACCCCCCCCCACAUCCCCCCCCAGAUACUCGUCCCAAAACACCCCCCAACCACCCCCUUGGUUCCCCCAAACACCCCCCACAACCCCCUUUGUUCCCCCCAAACACCUCCACACCCCCAAAACCCCCCUAUGCCCCCCAAACACCCCCAAAUCCCCCAUGUCCCCCCAAACACCCCCCACAACCCCAAACACCUCCACAGCCCCAAAACCCCCCUGUGUCCCCCCAAACACCCCCACACCCCUAAAACCCCCCUGUGCAGCAGCAGACGCAGCGGGCGGCGCUGCGGUUCGAGCGCGCGGUUUGGCUGA